GCCUUGGCUUCCCGGAGGCGGGGGCCGCCCGCGCCAUGGCCGCCCCCCAGCCCGAGCCCCCCGCGGGGGCGACCGCCCGGCGCCUGGCCCGGGGCUGCUGGUCCGCCCUCUGGGACUACGAGACGCCCAAGGUGAUCGUGGUGAGGAACCGGCGCCUGGGCGUCCUGUACCGCGCAGUGCAGCUGCUCAUCCUGCUCUACUUCGUGUGGUACGUAUUCAUCGUGCAGAAAAGCUACCAGGAGAGCGAGACGGGCCCCGAGAGCUCCAUCAUCACCAAGGUCAAGGGGAUCACCACGUCCGAGCACAAAGUAUGGGACGUGGAGGAGUAUGUGAAGCCCCCCGAGGGGGGCAGCGUGUUCAGCAUCAUCACCAGGGUCGAGGCCACCCAGUUCCAGACCCAGGGAACCUGCCCCGAGAGCAUAAGAGUCCACAAUGCCACCUGCCACUCCGACGCCGACUGCGUGGCUGGGGAGCUGGACAUGCUGGGAAACGGCCUGCGGACCGGGCGCUGUGUGCCCUAUUACCAGGGGCCCUCCAAGACCUGCGAGGUGUUCGGCUGGUGCCCGGUGGAAGAUGGGGCCUCUGUCAGCCAAUUUCUGGGUACGAUGGCUCCAAAUUUCACCAUUCUCAUCAAGAACAGCAUCCACUACCCCAAAUUCCACUUCUCCAAGGGCAACAUCGCCGACCGCACAGAUGGGUACCUGAAGCGCUGCACGUUCCAUGAGGCCUCCGACCUCUACUGCCCCAUCUUCAAGCUGGGCUUCAUCGUGGAGCAGGCUGGGGAGAGCUUCGCAGAGCUGGCACACAAGGGUGGUGUCAUCGGGGUCAUCAUCAACUGGGACUGUGACCUGGACCUGCCCGCCUCGGAGUGCAACCCCAGGUACUCCUUCCGGAGGCUGGACCCCAAGCAUGUGCUUGCCUCGUCAGGCUACAACUUCAGGUUUGCCAAGUACUACAAGAUCAAUGGUACCACCACCCGCACGCUCAUCAAAGCCUACGGGAUCCGCAUUGACGUCAUCGUGCAUGGCCAGGCUGGGAAGUUCAGCCUGAUUCCCACCAUCAUUAAUCUGGCCACAGCUCUGACUUCCAUCGGGGUGGGCUCCUUCCUGUGCGACUGGAUCUUGCUAACAUUCAUGAACAAAAACAAGGUCUACAGCCAUAAGAAAUUUGACAAGGUGUGUGCGCCCAGCCGCCCCUCAGGUAGCUGGCCUCUGACCCUUGCCCGCGUUUUGGACCAGGCCCCUCCCCAGCCUGCCCACUGCUCUGAGGAUCAGCCCCCCAGCCCUCCAUCAGGCCAGGAGGGCCAGCAAGGGGCAGAGUGUGGCGUGGCCAUCGUGCCCCCAAGGCCUUGCCCCAUCUCUGCCCCAUCCAAGCAGAUGGUGGACACUCCUGUCUCCGAGCCUGCCCCGCAAGACUCCAUACCCACAGACCCUAAAGGUUUGGCCCAACUCUGAGUGCCUUCCUGACACACUGCACUGCAGACCCAGACUGGUGCAGCCAGCCAGUCCCCAGCUAGGGACCCUCAGUGGACCUGGGCACUUUGGUAGCGGAGCAUCUCCAUGAAACCAAACACCACAGGAUCCCCGUGCAAGGGCUGGGGCUCCACCCUGGCGCACCAGCCCUGACUCCUCCCCAACUGGUCCCUAGAGUGCUGCUCACUUCCCACCACCUCUCAGCCACCUGGGACCCAAGGCAACUGAGCUCUGAGGGGCUCUGCUCCUUGUCUUGGGCCAUGGGAACCCUCGCCCCACCCCACCCCACCAGUGUUUUAACUUCGAAUUCUGCCCAGACUCUUAGAAGGCACAACAUACUCUUGAGUUCAAUAAACUUGCAAGCACAA